AUGAAGAUUCUACUUCUGCUUAUAAAUAUCCUUGGAAUAGCUAUUGCUUCUCCGAUUCAGAGGACUGAAUUUCUACCCAGAAGAGGCCACGGGAAGGAUACUACUUCCAUCCACGCAUAUAAAGGAGUCUUAAAAACUGAUUCUGCUAAUGAAAAUGGGCACCAAUGGAACGGAGGCAUUGCUCUCCAGGAAAGGGAAAUAAGUCUUAAUCACACUGUUCUUGCUGUAGAAGGAACUACAGGGGAUACGACUGAUCCCCAAAGGAGUUACCACCAUGAAAGUGAGAGCCAACUUCUCCAUGAAGGCACCAACCUUACACAGACCUCAGGCAACAGCUGGCAUGACACGCAGGAAAGCAGGUACAUGUAUGCUAAUUUCCCAAAGCAAGCAGUGGUUAGCAACCAACAUGCAGACCGAUACAGAAAGGCUAGCAACCCCAGGCAUGUUGACAAUGAGCAUUUGGGAGAGGGAAACACAAUUCACGGUCCAGGAUCAGCAACAACAGAAGUUGACAUUGUCCACAAGGCAGAUAUCUCUGUUGACAAACUGUACCUCAAGGGCUUCGAUGCUGGUGAUGACCUUAAAGCAAAGGAAAACAGGGGAGCACUCCACAACCACCAUUAUAAUUCUGACAGCUAUGUUUUAAAUGAUGGAGGCAUGCAAGGAGAUGACCCAGGUUUUGCUGAUGACUCUGACUCUAAAGAGGGCCAGAGCAAUUCUAGCCAGCAGCAUGGGGAACCAGACAGUCCGAGUGACUCAGAGGAGGAAGGAUCAAAAUGGUCUGGCCCUUCAGAAGGCUCAAAUGGAUCCUCUGAUCCCAGCAGCUCCAGUGACUCUAGCAGUCCCAGUGUUUCUAGCAGUGCAAGUGGUUCCAGUGAUUCCAGUAGUUCCAGUGAUGCCAGUGACUCCAGUGAGUCUUCUGAGUCCAGCAGCUCCAGUGACUCCAGUGAGUCUUCUGAGUCCAGCAGCUCCAGUGAUUCCAGUGACUCCAGUGAAUCUUCUGAGUCCAACAGCUCCAGUGAUUCCAGUGACUCCAGUAAGUCUUCUGAGUCCAGCAGCUCCAGUGAUUCCAGUGACUCCAGUAAGUCUUCUGAGUCCAGCAGCUCCAGUGAUUCCAGUGACUCCAGUAAGUCUUCUGAGUCCAGCAGCUCCAGUGACUCCAGUGACUCCAGUAAGUCUUCUGAGUCCAGCAGCUCCAGUGACUCCAGUGAGUCCAGUGAGUCUUCUGAGUCCAGCAGCUCCAGUGACUCCAGUGAGUCUUCUGAGUUCAGCAGCUCCAGUGAUUCCAGUGACUCCAGUGAGUCUUCUGAGUCCAGCAGCUCCAGUGACUCCAGUGAGUCCAGUGAGUCUUCUGAGUCCAGCAGCUCCAGUGACUCCAGUGAGUCUUCUGAGUUCAGCAGCUCCAGUGAUUCCAGUGACUCCAGUGAGUCUUCUGAGUCCAGCAGCUCCAGUGACUCCAGUGAGUCUUCUGAGUCCAGCAGCUCCAGUGAUUCCAGUGACUCUGGUGAGUCUUCUGAGUCCAGCAGUUCCAGUGAUUCCAGCAAUCAAAGCGAUUCCAACAACUCUAGUGAUUCCAGUGAUUCCAGUGACUCUGGUGAGUCUUCUGAUUCCAGCAGCUCCAAUGAUCCCAGCAGUCAAAGUGAUUCUAGCAGCUCCACCGACUCCAGUGAGUCUUCUGAUUCCAGCAGCUCCAAUGAUCCCAGCAGUCAAAGUGAUUCUAGCAGCUCCACUGACUCCAGUGAGUCUUCUGAGUCCAGCAGCUCUAGUGAUUCCAGCAGCUCCAGUGAUUCCAGUGACUCUGGUGAGUCUUCUGAGUCUAGCAGCUCCAGUGAUUCUAGCAAUCAAAGUGAUUCCAGCAGCUCCAGUGAGUCUUCUGAGUCCAGCAGUUCCAGUGAUUCCAGUAGUCAAAGUGAUUCCAGCAGCUCCAGUGACUCCAGUGACUCGAGUGAGUCUUCUGAGUCCAGAAGUUCCAGCAGUCAAAGUGAUUCCAGCAGCUCCAGUGAUUCCAACAGCUCCAGUGAUUCCAGUGGUGCCAAUAGUUCUAAUGGCAAUAGAAGCUCCAGUGACUCCAGCAAUGCUGAUCAUUCCAGCAGCUCCAGAUAA